CGGUCGGGCAAACAACGCGGUUUUCACACGGACCGCAGCAGCACGAACACCAGAGUGCAACAUGUAAACAGACGCGGGAAACUUCAGCGUUAAUGUCACUGUCUAACGACAUAACGUUAGAAAAAGUGGAUCAGUCAUGACAGACAUUUUAACACUCGUGUUCAGGACUUUUAUGUCACAGACGGAAGUGAAGAAGGAGCUCACCGUCACUCCUCCGUCACCGUUAACCUGCAGCACGCUGCUGGUCGGAGACACCAGCAUCAGCCGCUCCGUGCUGCUGAUGGCGGCCGUGACAGCUGCCUCAGAGGUGGGCAUGAGAGUCAUGUUCUUCACCCAGACACAAAUCCAGAGCCUCCCGGUGUGUCUGCAGAAGUGUGUCCCCUGCCUGAGCACAGAGAGUCUAAAGAAAAUCAAGUUUUCGUAUCCCAAGACAUUGGAGGAGCUGCUGCAGCAGGUUGCCAGUCUUCACGAGUCCACCAACACAUCUCCCACCCCUCCCUCACUGAUCAUAGUCGACCGGCUGGAGGGCUACCUGUGUGGUCCUGGAGGAGGCAGCCACAGUGGACUUCACCCAGGACUGUCCCGCGCUGCACACCUGUCUGCGCUGCUGUGCGACAGCGCUGCCUUCCUCACGCAGCUCCUGAAACAGCGCUGCUCCAGCUUGGCCCCCUGUCGCGUCAUCGCAUCUUUCCAGUCAGAGGUCGACUCUGGGCAAGCCGGCAGGGAGGCCUCUGCCACGGAUCCAAUCCUCGAUGUUCUUGAUCGCUACUUCCAGGUGCGCUGUACUCUGGACCGAGACAGGAGCUAUGAAGCUGCUGCAGCUGGACUGCAGGAGGUGUGGAACAUUUACCUUUCUGGGACCGGCAUCACAGAGGCCUCUGGUACCAAAGGCUGUGAGGACAGACUGGCUGUAGCUCAGGAGUGGCAGCUGUUAAUUUCCCCUGAUGGUUCAAUGGAGUUUAAGUUGGUUUGAAAGUGUCUGUGUCAAAGACUGUAGCAGCGGGAGAGAAACUGAAUGUUGAUUUGUUCACUUUUUGUUCAGAGAAAAAGCUCAUUUUUUAGCAGUCAGGUAUUUGCAGUGAUAAUGCUCUGCAGCAUGAUAGGCCUUUUUACUUCACUGUUUAUGUUGAGCACAUCAUUCACACAUGAGCAGACAGCAUGAUGUCAUCUGCUGCUCACCUCUCAGAUAUCAGCUAACUGAACCACAGUGGCUGUAGAUAUACAACAUUUAAUGAGUUGAAAUUUUUAAUGACACAAACUUUUGUAAAACACAUGAAUAAAUCUUACACAAUGAAAACAUUUAUAAAGACAUCAAGGAAUGUUUUAAAAUAAACAGUUGUUACCAACAUUUUUGGCUCAGGACCCCUUAAAACUGGGCAAAGUCUACCUGCGACCAAAGCACAGAAAAAAUAAACAUAUUUUAUAGCA